ACUGAGCGCGCACGCCGCUCUCUCCACUACAUCGCACCACUGCGGUAGGAGCGGGGAAGGCAGCAGCAGAGGGGGACCCGGCAGGCGCAGUUCACUUCUCUCUGCCGACUUUAUCACAGAGGAGAACUUUACCUGACAGGACCUAUAGCGACAGCUCACAGCCCAGCCCAGCGAGAGCAAAGGAGGGAGAACUUUUGGCUACUGCUCCGUGAUUUUUUUUUUUUUUUUUUUUUUUUUUUAAUACCACAUCUCCGUAACCUUGGAAGUCAGACCUGUUUAUUGUGAGAGGAUGGGACCGCUACUCCUUUCCCUCGCCCUGUGUUUGGGCGCCGCUGUCCUGCAGCAUGUGAAAGCAGCAGAUGGUGAGGAACCAACUUCAGCAGGCCCUUGCCAUCCAAACCCUUGCCACAACCGAGGAACAUGUGAGAUCAGUGAGACCUACAGGGGCGACACCUUUAUUGGUUACGUCUGCAAGUGUCCACCAGGCUUCAGUGGAGUGCACUGCCAACACAAUAUUAACGAAUGUGAAAGGGACCCAUGCAAGAACGGGGGCAUUUGCACAGAUCUGGUUGCCAACUAUUCCUGCGAAUGCCCAGGGGAGUACAUGGGGCGGAAUUGUCAAUACAGAUGCUCUGGACCGCUGGGCAUGGAGGGCGGUAUAAUCUCCAACCAACAGAUUACAGCCUCUUCCACCCACCGCGCUCUCUUCGGCUUGCAGAAGUGGUACCCAUACUUUGCACGCCUCAACAAGAAGGGCCUGGUCAAUGCCUGGACUGCUGCCGAAAAUGACAGAUGGCCGUGGAUCCAGAUAAACCUGCAGAGGAGAAUGAGGGUCACAGGCCUAAUUACCCAGGGUGCAAAGCGUAUAGGCAGCCCAGAGUACGUCAAGUCUUACAAAGUAGCCUACAGUGAUGACGGGAAGACCUGGAGAACAUACAAAGUCAAGGGCAAAGAUGAUGAUAUGAUUUUCAGAGGAAAUGUCGAUAACAACGCUCCAUCAGCCAACUCCUUCACCCCUCCCAUUGCAGCCCAGUACGUGCGCAUUUACCCCCAAGUCUGCAGGAGGCACUGUACCUUACGCAUGGAGCUGCUCGGUUGUGAGCUAACAGGCUGCUCUGAACCACUGGGAAUGAAGUCAGGCCAUAUCCAGGACUACCAGGUCACAGCCUCCAGCAUCUUCAGGACGCUCAACAUGGACAUGUUCACUUGGGAGCCUGGAAAGGCCCGGUUGGACAAACAAGGCAAGGUCAAUGCUUGGACAGCUGGACACAGUGACCAGUCACAGUGGCUACAGGUGGACUUGCUUGUGCCUACCAAGGUGACAGGUAUCAUCACCCAGGGAGCUAAAGACUUUGGCCAUGUCCAGUUUGUUGGCUCAUACAAACUGGCGUACAGUAAUGAUGGGGAGCGGUGGAAUGUAUAUCAAGAUGAGAAACAGGGGAAGGACAAGGUAUUCCAAGGGAACUUUGACAACGACACACACCGAAAGAACGUGAUAGAUCCACCCAUCUACGCUCGGCUCAUCCGGAUCCUUCCCUGGUCAUGGUACGGCAGGAUCACUUUGCGUGCAGAAGUACUCGGCUGCACAGAGGAAGAGUAAAGUCCUUUUGUCCAUCUUUUAUUGCCAUCGUCCCCCAUCCCUUGGCAUACUGGAGUAUCUCGUCCAGUAUUUCAAAAAUAAACUGUGCAACCUGUAAAAAGAAAUCAAUUUCCAAUGGAUUUUUCAAUAAUACGUGUUUGGUUGUGGUGGGUUGCUGUUUGUUCUUUUUGUACAAUGAUUUAAAACCUACCCUUAAUCCAGUUUUGUCUUUUAGUUCCUUCUUCAAAGUGUGAUCUGUCUUUUUAUUCUUCUCAAGAUUUACCAUCCUGUUUGGAAUGUAUUUCUGUAAUAUAUAUAUAUGGGAGGGGUGGGGUUGGUAGUGGAGUUGGAGAGGGGUUCUCGCUGUGGUUUUAACUUGUUGCCAUGGAAGCUAUUGUACAGUGUCACUUUUUAACAAAGAUGUGAAAUCUGUCUGCCAUGCUUCAUUGGACAUAAUUAACCAACUUCAUACCAUAACUACUAAACUGUCUAAAAGACGAUGUAGAGAUCACACGUUAUCACAUUAUCAAAUAUAUUUUUACUUUGAUUAAAACACUUCCUCAAGCCAUGCUUUUACCCUAAUGGGCACUGGCAUUACUACUACAUCAAUCAAAACACUAUUAAUGCUCUUGUAUUAUAUGUAAAAGACUAAGAAAUUGCAUGGUGCGUGAAUUAUAAAUGUAUAUUAUGACAAAUCAUUUAAAACCUCCAGCCCUGAGAGCAAUGGCUUUGAUUUAGGGACCUAUUUUUAUGUGCAUUUUUAAGUAGUUCUGAAACAUUACUACACACUGCAAAAGCUUACUGAAGGUAACUGAUAUGUGAGAAAUAACCACGCACUACAGUUAAACGUGGCACUGCAGUACUGACACUGAGACUUGUAAACCGUCUCUAGUUGAAUUGUCUCAAUGCUAAUAUUUGAUUAUCGCUACACUUUUUCUAAGAUAUUUGGAAUUAUUGUUUGUGCUUGUUCUUUUUUAUAUUUAUUUAGAUUUAUUUGUCUCAGCUGUCCGAUGCAUAAACUCUGUGUCUAAUGUCUCUCUGUUGUCUUGGAGAUCUAAGUUUUAUCAAUUACAAAGCUCAGGAUAGAUGUCAUUCAUAAUUUUGACCCACAAAUGUAUCAAUUUUGGCCACCUAUUUUAAGAUUUCUUUACUAUUAUUUAAAGAAAAUGAUGAAUGAGUAUGAGCAGUUAUUUAAACCAGGUCCAUGUAUGCAUAAUUCAAAUACUGAAUGCAGUCUUUUUUUAAUCAAUCCCUUUGAUACAGUAUGAUAAAUGAUAAUUGUUAAUUAAUUUCUUCUUUUUUCAAAAGAGAGCAAAUGUCAAUAUUAUUAAUAUAUUAAUCAAUGUCAUUAUCUCAAGCCUACAAUGAUGAUGAACCGUGGUAAUUUAAAUAUGGACAGCCUCUUUAUUUCAGGGGGUCUAAUCUUUAUUAUCAUCCUGGAGGAGAAAUUAUAUAGUAAUAAAAUGUGAAAGAGCUUGUGGGUAUAUUCACUUGACAUGACAGCACCUCUCUGCAUGUUCAAAUGGUUUCAGGGAGCUAAAAAUAGUUAGACACUUUAAGGUUACAGGGGAUUAAAAUGCGUCAAGAUAUUCUAUUUAAGCAGUUUUCACUGUAUGGAUUCUGCUGUUGGCUGCAUCAUUCAGUAAAUGAACAGUGAUGCUUGGCUGGUUAAAUAAAUGGAAGUAAACAAGUACCUGAGGUAUCGCAGCAGUGUCAAACCUUACAGACCCAUUCUACAUGGCUUAAAAAUAGGCCUGGAUUACUCUAGUGGUUCCCACUCUUGACUAGUUUUCCCAAAGCUCUUGAGUGCUACAAUCAGAGCUGAAAAGAGCUACUUUUAUGCUCCAGGUUUCACGUAAGACUUGCCAGCUUUCAGUCACUUAACUAUCCAAUCAUUUCAUAUGAACACAAUGUAUUUGUUCUGAGAUUGCAGCCCAGCCUGAAAAAAACCUUUUUUUUUAUUUAAUGCACCCACCUCUCCAAAUAGAUUACAUUGGAAAUAAAAGAGUGCCACUGUUAUUUUCAUCACAUUGGACUUAAUUCUAAAAGCACAGCAAGAACAAAAACACCAAGAAAAUGUGUCACUGUCCAAAUAUGUUGAUGCUUACUUUAUAUCAUGUGCCAGGGCAUUUUUAGAUGUCAUGCCAUCAACAUGGAUGUUGUUGUAGUUGACAAGUAACCAUAAAACAAAACAAAAACUAAUUUGAUUGUUAUCUGGAUAAUUUCAACUGAGUAUAGCACAUUGUAUUCUGGUUUGGCAAAUCACAAUAGGAUAUCUUGGAAACGUUUACUCGUGUUACUGUACUUCAAUGUAAGUGACACUGAAAGACUUUGCUGUAUAUUACCAAUAUGUGAACAUUGUUAUUGGUGUGAAUCAGUGACUGUCAUUCCUUAGGUUGAUGGACACAUGAUAAAUUAACAGAUUAUUUGUGCACUCUUCAAUUGUCGAUUGCCAAAUAACUAUAAAUUGAUCUUUGUAGUCAGCUUCCUGUCAGCAGGCCUGCUACAAAGCUUUGAGGAAGUUUGCAUGAUGUAUGAGUUUGAAAAGUACAGUAUAACACAGAUGUCCACAGGCACAUUAUGUUCUUGCAUACCAUAAGAUCUAAUAUUAGGUAACAUUAAGAUCUAAUAGCCUUUACUUUGUACUCGCUAUCGAUUGUCUUGUGCAUUGUAAAACUUCAUCUCACAUGUUCGAAAAGGGAGCAGAGUGAAAACUCAUCCUGUCUUUGUAUUUUUGUGUCUACUCGUAUUAUUUCUUACCUCCUCAGUCUGAGUGUCAAUCUCUAUCCAGAAAAUGUACCUAUUAUAAUGCUGGUUAGCUUCAAGCCUGCGGAGGAGAGUGAGAAACUGUGUACAGUUAAAAAAGGUGUUUAAAAAAAUAAAAAUAAAAAGCUCUUUCGGUUUGACAAAUAAAAAUAUAGCUGUGAAAAUGA